GUCUUUUGGAACUCCCACGACCCAUCAGUGUCAUACCCAUGGCAUGUCCUCAGCAAACCAACGGCGCCGAUUGCGGAGUGCAUGUCAUCGCGUUGGUGGAUUAUUUUGUUCGAAAAAUUCAAGAAACAUCGGAUAUAGAGACAUUAGUUUCUGUGGAUUCCGAUGAAAUAGCGGCCACCUCAAUGGUCAGAAAGCGUCUACUUUCAGUGAUCAAGGAUGAAAGUCAUGAGCGAAAAUUUCUCGACCAAUCAUAAACCGCGAUUUGAAAAAAAGCCAUUUUUUUUUUGUUUAUGUUGUCGGGUCUCGUACACUUUCCUUCUUUCCCCCUCUCACUUUCAGUCGUUGGAAUAGGUGUGUAUCCUCGUCGUUUCUAUAGUCAAAAUGAGCCCGAUUUAAAAAUGAACGCCGAGAAACUCGCUAAGCUUCAGUCCCAGGUUCGCAUUGGUGGCAAGGGUACUCCCCGCCGUAAGACCAAGAAGGUGACCAAGGCUUCUGGCAACACUGAUGACCGUAAGCUCCAAGCUGCUCUCCAGAAGACCAAUGUCCAGCCCAUUCCUGGCAUUGAAGAAGUCAACAUGUUCAAGGACGACGGCAAGGUCAUCCACUUUGCUGCUCCCCGUGUCCAGGCUGCCGUCAACGCCAACACCUUUGCUAUCCACGGCCGUUCCAGCGAAAAGGAUUUGACUGAACUCGUCCCUGGUAUCUUGAACCAGUUGGGUCCCGACUCUUUGGAAAGCCUCCGCAAGCUCGCUGAAGCUUACCAAUCCGCACAGGGUGGUGCUGCUGGUGAGGACGAUGACGAGAUCCCCGAUUUGGUCGAGAGCUUCGACAAGGCUGAAGUUGAGGAUAAGAAGGAAGACGCCAAGGAGGAGGCCAAGGAAGCCACCGCCUAAACCCGUUCAAACCCUUUUUUUUGAUCCCACAGAAAAAAAACUCACGUAACAACAUAAUAAAAAAGCUUAAAGCCGAAAAAACAGAUCAUUUUGUUGAUAAAGUAAAAAUGAGCCAUUGAAGAAGGCAUUCUAUUAACAGAGCAAUUGGUACGGAACACAUCUGUCAUUUUCAAAAUAAUGACGAUUUCUGUCCAUUUUGCUGUGGGUAAACAAAAAUGUUUUUCAUAUUUCUAUGGAUACAAGCAGAUGGGGGGUA